GCCCUUCCGCUUCCCUGCGGCUGAUGUGAAGGUUUGUGGGGUCUUUCGGCUUCCACCGGAACGGAGAAUCACCGGGCGGAGGGCGGCAAGGUAGCGGUCUCCCGCCCGGGGCUCCAACCACGGUGGGGUGCGGGGCGGUGGCGGGGCCCACUCCGCGGGGAGGCGGAGCUCUGUCAGCCCUACCGGCUCCUCCCGCCUCCCCGUCAGCUGUGCUGGGCCUCGCUGCCGGGCGGGGGGAGCGGCGGGCCGUACCCCGCCGGCGGCUCUCGUCCCGGGGCUGGCUGGGGAGCAGCCCUGCCGGGCGACUUCUCCGCGGGCGGCCGGGCUGGAGGCAUUCAGCGCUGCGCAGCAGAAGCGUGCACAGCUCCUGCAGCUCCCAGAGUUCUCCAAAUGGCUUCUUUUGGGUGGAAGAGAAAGAUUGGUGAGAAGGUUUCAAAAGCUACGUCUCAGCAAUUCGAAGCAGAAGCUGCUGAUGACAAGGAUCUGACUGAUGAAGAUGAUGCUAACUGGGUACAUGCAACUAAGAGAAAGAAGGAAGUCCUCUUGGAAGACUGUGUGAAGAAGAGCAAGAAACUGAAGGAUGAAGGUGCAAGCUUGGCUGAAAAUAAAAGGUACAGAGAAGCUAUUCACAAGUGGGAUGAAGCACUUCAGUUAACUCCAGAAGAUGCUACUCUUUAUGAGAUGAAAUCACAGGUCCUGAUGUCUUUACAUGAAAUGUUCCCAGCAGUGCAUGCAGCAGAAAUGGCUGUCCAGCGAAACCCACGCUCUUGGGAUGCCUGGCAGACUUUGGGACGUGCACAGCUUGGAUUAGGAGAGAUAGCACUGGCAAUCCGAAGUUUCCAGGUAUCCUUACACAUCUUUCCAAUGAACCCUGAAGUGUGGAAAGAGGACCUUUCCUGGGCAAGAAAACUACAUCAACAACAGAAGGCAACACAGAUGGAGACAGGGCAGGCACUGGCAAAAGAAAAUGAGCUUGCACAAGAAUCAGUCCCAGACUACGACUUUGAAAGUGAUGAAAUAGUGGCAGUCUGUGCUGCCAUUGCAGAGAAGGAGAAAGCUCUUUCAGCAGCUAAAACGGUGGUGAUUGUGUCUGCUUCAGGCACAGUGGAGACUGUUACUGAGAAAGAGAAUUGUCCUACAAAUCCUGAUGAAACCCUUUUCAUCAGAGCCCGAUAGGGCAAUCUUAUGUGUUGCCAUGCUGUUUUAAGAACUAGUGUUAUUUAUUGUAUGGGGAUCAAUGGUUUUGCUUUUAAACACUGGGAGAGCCUACAGAAGUUAAGGAAUUGAACUUUUAUUUCUUUUGUAAAUCGAAAAAGUACUGACCUGAAUUGUUGUUCCAUCCAUAUUUUUGGAGAGGAAAGCCAAGAUUUUAAAAAUCUUAUGAACAAUUGUAAUGCUAAAUGCUUAACUGCAUUUCAACAACUAUUUUUAUCUUUAUGUUUUUCAGAAUUUUACAAACUAAUGUCUGUAUAUUCCCAGUCAUUAAUAUGGUCUCAUUUAAACUGUAGAAGCAAAAGGUAUUUUAGAAAAACCUGUUUCAGUUCUUCUUCUUUAACAUUAUUUAAGUUUUACGUAAAGUGUGAACUGUUCUCUUUUAUCAGAAGUCUUUAUUUUCAUUAAGAUUACUUUUUUAUGAGGAAGUUUCCUGUGAAGCAGAGAGGGAUUAUUCUGGGGAGAGUCUGUGACUUGGCAUCUGAUUUGUAGCUGAAUGAAACCAAUGGAAGGCUUUGCAUUGCUUUCAUUGGUGAAUGAGUUAAAUACUUUCUGAUUAGAUGAAAGGAAAUGCUAUACCAAACAAGCCCCUGAAUGCUUAGUUAUUACCUAAUGUUUCACCAGAAUAACAAACAUUCAGAGACUAUAACAAGCCAUUACUUAUAUUGAGUGCUGGUGCCAGGCAUCACCAAAAGUAAAAUGGAGGGAGUUGGAAAUAGGUAUUAGAUCUUUAUAUUAGAUUUUUAUUUGAUAUAUUACCUUUUCUGUCCAAGUGCAGCCAAUAUGACAAAGGGAACCCAUUUGUUUUUCCUAAUUCUUCUGCUCUGCUACUUAAAGUAUGUUCUUAUUGAACUAGUUUUUCAGGUCAGCAUUGUCUGAUGCUCCUUCUUUAUCCUUUUGGGGGCUGUGGUGGGUAUUCACACUGCGCUUACUUGGAGGCACAACACAGAAGAUUUAUUUAAUGUUCAUCAUUCCUAGGAGGAAGGUGGUCACUGGUUCCUCACGUAAACACUUCAGGGAAACAAAGUCAGGAUGUUUCUUUGUGCUCUGUGCUGAGACUAGUCUCUUUUGAUUGUCUUGGAGAUGUGAUAGAAAUGGUCACCUCCUAACAGGACUGGAAUAAAUUCCUGGAGAAUUCAGGAUUGAGAACACAUUAUUUCUUCUUGAUUUUAGAAUAACAGUUUUGUAGACAAGAAAAACCUUUUGAAAUCAAUUAUCUAUUGCAUUUUUCGUAUCUGAUUUCUAUUUUGAAAAGAACAUGUUUUUACAGGAAAUAAUGCACUUCAGAAGUAUAGAGAUUUUCACAAUAGAAAGUGUAUUGUAGAAAAAUUAUCUCGAAUUAUAAUUACAGUUGAAUGUCUUCUUUUAAGAGGACACUUACAAUCUCUGAUGAAAUUAAUCACCCCUUUGAAAAACUUAAUUGUCAUGUUUUUAUUAAGUUUUCACUAGUUUUUGCAAGAUUAUUCCUGAAUAUAUUUUUGUAUAGAUGUGAAUUUUUAGAUCUCUGCUUGCUUGCCCACAGACACAAAAAAUUUACAGUUAAUGGCUCCUGCAUAUUCAAAAUUAUUAUAAUUACAAUGAAUAAAAUAUAUUAAGAAAUCUAAAACAUCACCAUGCAACAGUUUUAUUUGUUUACUCAGUUCAGAAAUAGAUCCUAAAUACUUACUGAACAGGACUUUGAUUAAGAUAUUGGUUGAUAGAUGGAUUAUAUUGCCCCAGUUGAGGAAUUUUUUAAUCAUAUUUUUCCUAACAACUUAAGUAACACAAUCUGUUCAGCUGUAGGAAGAGUUAGUAUGAGAAGGAUUUGGACAGAUUUCUUUAAAGACAUUUUCUGGCUAGAAAGCGAAACCUGUGAGAAGUGGUAAGGUAUGUUUUCAUUCUGAAGGAGCUCAGCUAUAAUCCAGCACAUUUUCUCCUUCUGCGCUUUUUACUUUUCAGUGUUGUUAUUGACUUGUAUGGGAAUGACUGCCUUGCUCCCUCCAGAGAUCCGCGUUACCACUUUAUCUCUUUCCACUGAAAUGAUUCACAGAAUUCCUAUUGAUUUCAGCACUGCUUGGGCAGACUAAUGGAGGGGUGUCUAAACCACCUGGCAGAAUGGCUGUAGCAGCUUUGAGGGGUGGUUGUUUCAAUCCAUUGUACUAAAUGUGUUUCCCUUCUGAUUAGAUUAUGUUAUGAAUUCUAGAUAUUGUCAGGACCAUAGAGUCUUGUAGAGCACUCUGGAGCAGCUAAGUUCACUACACUGCUCUUUUCAAACUGGAAAGAAGUGAAAUAAUCAGUGAUUUAAACAUUGUUUUUUGUAUAGCAUGCCAUGUUUUGCAUGUUGGGGAAUUUUUUUUCAAUCUGUUUUAAUAAAAUGUUGUCUUCUCUG